UCUGGUCACCCUAGCAAUGGCCCAAUGCAGACCGAAGGCAGGUCCCGACAGCAGGGAGCUCCAGGCCAGGAUGUAUUUAGAAAGGCAUCAGAUCAUGGAGCUGCUGAACCAACUCACUAGCUUCCUCCUCUUUGUCAGACCAAAAAGACCAAGAGAAUAUUUAAUUUCUCUGUUGGAACGUCUGAGAAUUGCCAAAUUAACAGGUGUGGCAUUUCCUUUGUUUAUGGACAACUCUAAUAUCGUGUCAAUGUUUGAUAUGAUGGACUCUGCAGGCAAAGGCACCAUAACAUUUGUGCAGUACAGAGAAGCCCUAAAAAACUUGGGUCUAUGUACUGACAAUGAAGUUUUGCUUGAUGACGGACAUAUAAUAACCUUGGAUAAAUUCAGAGAUGAAGUGAACAAGAGGACUGAGAAAAUAUGGUCAUCAUUUUAGUAACACAAUAACUCAAAAUAAUAAAUGACCC